GUUCUUGGUCUCAUCACAUAUAAAUAUAUGAUAACCAGCUCAGCUUCGGACCCUGCUUUUAACUUUCUCUCACAUUCUCAACAACUUCCUCGCCUUUCCUUUCCCUCCAGUAUGCAAUUUGCUCCAAGCCGCCAGCAGUCACCGCAGCCUGGUGCAUCGUAUGGUUGGCCAAAAGACUCCACAAAUCAAAAUCAAUUUAAUUGGGAGCUGUUUGACCAGCCGACACAAGGCUACCUUUCUCCUGAUAGCCUUUCUGGCGACGAUAACUUUCAUAUCAGAAGCAGUUCAUCCGAUAGUUCGUAUUCAGUACCCACCGAAGAAGGAAUUAACGUGCUGGAAGCUCAGUAUCGCAACAUUUCCGAUAUGAACCAUGUAAAAGUAGAAGAUAUGGCAGCAACCAGUAACAUGGAUAUGCCUAUGAACACAUAUACACGAAAGCGACCUAGAAGCGAUUUAGAAAACAGUGAAUUUCAAUCAGCGAACCCUUACAACGUUGCACCAUCUAUCACCAUCCCUUCCAGCCCUGUCAAAGAAGAUGAUGAUGAUGAUAAAGAAUUUGGAUCUACCGACAAAAUCAACAGAAUAGCUCACAAUGCCAUCGAAAGACGUUACCGCAAUAAUAUCAACGACUGCUUGAGCGAUUUGAAGAAUGCCGUUCCAGCUCUGAAAUUCGCCAAAGUCAAAGAUAAUACUAUCGAUGAUGCCCAAUCCACCGUUGACCAAGGCAAUGAGCAAGAAGAAGAAUUGAUCGAUGGUGUUCCUGUUGCCACCAAGCUGAAUAAGGCCACCAUUCUUCGCAAGGCAACUGAAUAUAUUGUUCAUCUUAAGGCUACCAUCGAACAAAGCGAGAGUGAAAACAAAGCUCUUCAAAACUUAAUUUUGCAGCUUCCUCGUGGAGGAGAAGUCGUCUCCUACUACCGCAUGCAAAAGCAACAAUUCGAAGCCUACGAACAAGAACGUAUGGCUUAUGACCGACAAAUGGCUCAUGAACGAAAACAAAGAGAAAAACGAGAAGCGCGACGCAAGUCCAAAAUGAUUCGACGUGGUCAACUCACCGAACCCGUGGUCAAGUCUAGAACAUCUUCUACUUCCUCCUCUUCGUCAUCUAGCCAAACAUUCAUGGUUCUAUUCCUCGGCAUGACCUUCUUCUCAAACUCAAAUUAUCUCCAACCCGCACAUAACAUGUCCUCUGUGCCUCAUGAUACUGCUUCAAGCUCUAUGAUGUACGCUUCUAAAGGCUUUGACUUCUGGUAUGUGAACGUUUUUUUAGUUGCUCCCACUUCCCAAACGAAACCUAUUUCUAACUUGCAAAAUUUUUUCUUUAGGUCAUUACUCCGAAUGUUUUUGAUUCUGUUUGCUAUAUACAGUAUUUGCAAGACAAUCUUCAACAGCAACUUUCGAUCAAGGAAAUGCAAGAGCCUCGACGUACAACGAUCAGAGCGACUCUGUACCUGUGAAUAAUCUGCCUUAUACCCUCUCAACCACCACCACACCUCAUUUUGCAUAUAAGAUACUUUAGUUUGGUCUAGCCGUACCAAUAAAAUAGCUCAUCCCUUCCAUGCCAUUAAGGGUAUAUUAGUUUAUA